AUGUCCACCUCCGAGUCUGACCAGAAAGUGUGGUUCAUCACAGGAACCUCGUCUGGUUUUGGACGGAGACUUGUCAAGCUCGUCCUCGAACGCGGUGACCUCGUCAUCGCGACAGCGCGCAACUUAGCCAAGAUACAGGAACCUGCAUUCUUUGAUCUCGCGUCGGACGCACAUACAAGCAGUCUGCGAGUAUUACAGCUGGACAUCGACUCGGGGGUGGAGAACCUCAAAGAAGUGGUGAAAGAGGGAAUGCAAUUCUGGGGAAGGAUAGACGUUCUCGUGAAUAAUGCUGCUUGGGCGCAGCAGGGGCUAUUGGAGGAGGCCGGGUCGGAUUUGGUGAGGAGGAUCUUCCAAUCGAACGUGUUCUCAAUGUUGGACGUAACUACGGCUGUGUUGCCAUACAUGCGCGAGCGUAGGUCUGGGACUAUUGUGGUGAUUGGCAGCCGGACAAGUUGGAUGCCGGAGAAUCCGAGUGGAGGUACAUUUUUCGGCUUAUACCGGGGUAUAUGCCGGGCUGACGCAUCAAGGAAGGCAUAUAUGCCUCCUCAAAGUCCGCCGUACGAAUGUGUUCUAGCUAUCGGUGAAACCCUCUCUGUCGAGCUAGCCUCCUUCAACAUCCGUGUUCUCAUCGUCGAGCCCGGUGCCUUCCGCACCGAGGGCAUCUUCGCCCAGCCCUUCUUCCUGGAGAACCAGAUCCCCGACUAUGACGAACUACGUGCGAGUUCCCAGGCAUUUUACAACUCAAUCAACGGGACACAGAAGGGUGACCCCACCAAGGCGAUGCGGGCCGUAGUGGAUGUGGUAAGGGGAGAGGGCAGGGCUACAGGCAAGGCAUGGCCACUUUACUUGCCACUGGGCAUUGCAGCGGAGAAAACAAUCAGGGAGAAGUGUGAGAGGAUGACGGGAGUCCUGGAGGAGUGGAAGGAUGUAAUCAGGGAUGUGAAUUUUGACCAAUAGGAUGUGGGAGACAGGCAUGUGUGUGGAUAUCACGGUGAUCAUUAAUAUUCACACUUGC